CUGCCCGUGGGGUGCAGAGAGGACUGGAGGGUUAGCUGCUAAGGGCCAUUGCACAAGAUGUAGCGCUGGUUUGCGAGGGUCUGGCCAUGCCUGCAGCUCGCUGUGAGUGCCCCACUGCACACGCCACGUGCUGCAAACUAGUUCAGGGCCUUGGGUUAGAGGGAGAGGAAAGGUUUGCAAAGGCAGCUCGGGGUGCUGGGAUGGAGGCACUGGCCUAGGACUGUGGAAGCUGCUUUCAUCCUGGCUAGGAAAAAAGGUGCGGGCGCAUUGCUUUGUCAGGGGGUGGGGAGGGGAAGCUUUCUGUCUGGCUGUGGGAUAGGAGGAGAUACAGUGGUUAAAGCAGGGGGUCUGGGGGGAGGGAUAGCUCAGUGGCUUGAGCAUUAGCCUGCUAAACCAAGGGUUGUGAGUUCAAUCCUUGAGGGGGCUAUUUAGGGAUCAGGGCAAAAAUCUGUCAGGGGAUUGGUCCCGCUUUGAGCAGGGGGUUGGACUAGAUGACCUCCUGAGGUCCCUUCCAACCCUGAUAUUCUAUUCUAUUCUUCUUCUGGGUUUCAUCCCCAGCUCAGGGAGGGGAGUGGUGUCUAGGGUUUCAGAGUUUAAGGGCAGAUGGCAUCAUUAGAUCAUCUAGUCUGAUCUUCUGAAUAUCCCAGGACUUUAAACUUCACCCAGACAGUCAUAGGUUGAGCCCAAUGACUUUAACAUUUCCACCCUCAAGAGUUUAAGGCAGGGGUGGGCAAACUACAGCCUGUGGGCCGGAUCCAGCCCGCCAGCCCUCAAGCUCCCACUGGCACUCCAGCUGGGGAGCAGGGUCGGGGGGCCGCUCCACACGGCUCCCGGAAGCCAUGGCAUGGCCCCCCUCUGGCUCCUACGUGCUCCAGUGGCCCCCCUCCGGCACUUCAGUGGGAGCUGCAGGGGUGGCGCCUCUGCAUAGGAGCCAGAGAAGGGACAUGCCACUGCUUCCAGGAGCCGCUUGAGGUAAAAGCACCGCCCUGAGCCUCUCCCUAACCCCCUGCCCCAGCCCUGACCCCCUCCCGCCCUCCAAAUCCCUCGGUCCCAGUCCAGAGCACCCUCCUACACCCCAAACUCCUCAGCCCCACCCCAGAGCCCACACCCCUAGCCGGAGCCCUCAUCCCCUCCUGCACCCUGAACGCCUAAUUUCUGUCCCCACCCCAGAGCCCUCACCCCAACCCCAAUUUUGUGAGCAUUCGUGUCCCGCCAUACAAUUUCUAUUCUCAGAUGCGGCCCUCGGGCCAGAAAGUUUGCCCACCCCUGGCUGAAGGGGUUGUGAGCCCCAUGCAGAGAACAGGAGAGAACCAGGGUCUCUGGCAUUAUGGGGAGCUUGAUUAGGUAGGACCUUGAUGAGCACAACAGCCGCCUCAUGCUGCAGAGGAAGGCAAAAGAAGGUCCCUGCCACUGGGGGGGGAGGAUUCCUGCCUGCUGCCACAUCAGGUGAUCAGCUGCACCCUGAACAAGACCCACCCUCCAGCCAGCUACAUCAGAGAAACCGCAGAGCGCCGGCCCCAUUACCUGUUAUCCCUGCUCCAGCUGUAUGUGAUCCCCGAUGCUUCAGAGGAAAGCCAAAAACCACCCCCGUCCCCGAUUGCAAUUGUGCCUCCACGAGUUGGGUGCCUCCAGCGUUGUAAGGAUCUGCGUCCAAAUGCCUCCCGGUAAGCACCCGAACAGGCCUUUAUAACAGCCCAUCCUGAAACAUGCUCAGCACAGCCUGCUGUCAUUUACUAACCCGUCGCAAGCCACUUACAGCUGCAACCGUCAUAGAAAGCAGGCUCCGCGCUUCUCUCUGUCUGGGAAUCUUCCUGAGAGCCCUGUACAGUCCCUGCGUGCUCUACUCACCAUGCCCGUGGAGGAGUUUGUGGCUGGCUGGAUUUCAGGUCCUAGGCUUCUUUAAGGGGAUGAGUUUCCCACUGCUGAGCGUGGCCCUAGUUAACUCAGUGCUGUUCGGGGCCUACAGCAAUGCCCUGCUGUACCUGAGCGCUACCCACCACCACGACCGCCGCGCCAAGCCCCCCAGCUAUGCCCACGUCUUUACCGCUGGCAGCUUCUCUGGCCUGAUGCAGGCCGUGGUCCUGGCUCCUAUUGACCUGAUCAAAGUUCGGCUACAGAACCAGCUUCACUCCUAUGGGCUGAGGAGUCCAGCAGGGGCCUCUGGAACCCAGUACCGGGGCCCAGUGCACUGCGCUGCCAGCAUAUUCCGCAAGGAGGGGGUCAUGGGCCUGUUCCGGGGCACCUGGGCCCUGGUGCUGCGAGAUACACCCACUAUGGCCAUUUACUUCCUCACCUACACCAGUCUCUGCCAGGCCAUGACAGUGCAGGGGCGAGAACCAGGGCCGAUGACGGUUCUCGUAGCCGGGGGCUGUGCUGGCACCGCCUCAUGGAUCUUAGCCACGCCCAUGGACGUGAUCAAGGCCCGGCUCCAGAUGGAUGGGGUGAAGGGAGUAUCCUACCACGGGGUCUUGGAUUGCAUCCGCAUCAGCGUUCGGCAUGAGGGACCCCAGGUCUUCCUAAAGGGCCUUGCCCUGAACUGUAUCCGUGCCUUCCCUGUCAACGCGGUGACCUUCCUGAGCUAUGAGACCAUCCUGAAACUCAUCUGCUGAGCCCCACCCUGCUCCCUGCAGCAUCAGGCCCCCCCAUCACCGCACUGAGGGCCAGCUCUGAUGGCCAUUGGAGAGCACCCCCAACUGAGCCCCCUGCCCAGCUCCCUGUAACAGAGUGCCCCCUAGCGUUGUGCUGGGGCAUGGAGGUCAGCACCAACUGUGAGAGGAAGGCAGGAUCACCCCUCCUACAAUCUAUUCCCCAAGGUUAGGCUGCAUCCUAGAUUUAAAUGUCCUGAGUGAUGUUGGUUCUUCCCAUUUCCAUGCAUCUUAGCACGUCGGGGAGAGGAACUGCCGGUCAGUGAUGAGGGGGAGGAGUAGUGACUUGGGAGCUGGGGAUGAAAGAGGGAAUAAGAAAACCGAGGAGUGGGGCAGGGGUGGGUAGGAGACAGGAAAUUGUGCUUUUUAGCAGCAUGACUGAGCCACGAGUUAGGCCUCGUGGGUUCUAUGCCAGAUCUAGGAUUAGAGUGGGUGGGAGUUAAGACUGCUGGGUUCUUUUCCCAGCUUUGGGAGGGGAGUGGGGCCUAGUGGUGCAUGUCAGGGGAGGAGGGGCCAUAUGCAGAGCAGUGUGGGGGAAGGACUUCUGGGAGUAGGAGGAUUUCUUCUUACCCAUCUAUAGCAUUUCCAUAGCAAGUGAAAAUCUACUUAAUUCUCAUCAGUCAGCAAACUCUCUACUGUUGGCCCAGUCUAGUUGGAUGGGCACAGAGACCCUGCCACCGCCACCCUGGAGCAGGCUGCAAUGUGCAGGGACCAGUGGAGGCGAGCUAAACCUAUUAGACAAUAUCCCCCGAGUCAGGAAUUGAACCCAGGAGUCCUGCCUCCCCUGCUCUAACACACCACACACCACUUCCCUGCCAGAGCUGACCGAGAACCCAGGAGACCUGACUCCCUGCUCUGGGAUUUUUAGCUGUAACCCACUAGACACCACUCCCCACCCAGCAGUUGGCAGAUCCCCAAUACAAGCUCUUUGCCACAACACCUGGGGUGCUGGGUCUUUGCCAUAGAUGUGAUGCAACAGCCCAGGUCAUUUACCUGCCAUGGGGGGAGGCGGGGGACGGAUCUGAGAGGCAGGCCCCGUGUCCUUGCCAGCUCCCUGUGCCGCCUCUGGCUGCUCCUAUCCUCCUGGGGGGAUGUCUCAGGAAACGCAAGCCGACAACGUGCCGACGGAUUCCUUUGCUGCUGCGGUGAAGGUGCCGGAGCGCAGGCUCCCUUGGGGGAAAUCAGCAUCCUCUGCUCCUCCCUGAAUGAUACAGCUCGCUGCACUGCAAUGGAGGGAAAGCCAGGCCAGGAUUGGACACUCCCUUCCUAACUCUGUUGGAAUUCAUGGCUGGAGCCAAAAAAGGCUGGGGACCAAGGUGCAGAGCGGGAAAGGGACAUGCCCCGAAGCUCACAGAGCGAGUCUGGAAUAGAGCCCAGGAGUUCUGGCUCCUGCUCCCCAUCUCUAUCCAUAAGAGCUCACUCUGCUCCUUGAGCCAGGGAUGGCACUCAGGCAUCCUGACUCCCAGCCCCCCUGCUUUAACACACGAAAUCCCACCAAUGUGCUCAGCACCAGGAAUACAAUCCAGGGGUGCUGAAGCUCAGCACCCCCUGUUCUAACCCAUUUGACUUCACUGUGCUCCUAUAGCCAGGAAUAGAACUCACAAGUUCUGACUCUAGUCCCUGCCUUCUACUCGAACGUUCAUCUCACUCUGCCUCCACUUGCACACCUGUAAAAUGGGGAUAAUUAUUCCUUUGUCCACUUAGACCUGAAGAUCUUUGUGGCAGGGACUAGCUGGGCAGUGCACGACUCACUGGGGUCCUGAUCUCGGUCAUGGUCUGUGCAGGGCCCAGCACAAAGGUCCCCAAGUUUGGUCCAGGUCUGUGCAGCACCUGGCAUGAUGCUUCCUCCCUACCCUGUCAGUCAUGGGGGGGGGGGGGGGAGGGGGUCUGUGUAGCACCCAGUUACAAUGCUUGAAAUUCAUUGUGAUCUUGUUUGAAAGCCUGCCUCACAGGCUCUGUCAAUCCUGCAGAGCUGCUCUUAGAAAUGAGGUCAGAACCGAAGCGGUGGCAAGCGAGAUUAAAGGCCUGGUAUAUUAAAGCAAUACCCAGACUGGCGGUGAAUACAUAGUGAGCUUGCAGAGAUUUGAGACAUCACUGUGCAAAGGAAUAUGCUUCUCCUGGCCUUGGAUACAUGUGAGAUGGGGUUAGCAAUGCUUCAUUGGUACACAUCCAAGCCCCCAGGAUGUUCACUGUAAGUGCUGGUGGGUGUAAUCAGACCCAGGACAAGAUGGCUGAUAGUUCGGGCUUGUACAUCUUUCCUGUAGCUAACACAGCCUUGGGCAUGUGUGUGUGAUCUGCAAAGCCACUGUUCCUCUGGGAAGCUAUCCCUACUCCAAGAUGAAUAGAUGCCUCAGUGCAAAAUAAUAUCACGCUGUAUCUUGUUUUCCCACGCAUGGGUCCUUUGCAACCCAUUGCUGGCUGGUGUGGACUCAUUAAUUAGAUCGUCCAGGAGGAGGUUAACGAGAGUCAAAUAUUUUAUGCAUAAUACAGCCAAACUAGGAAUAGGACCCAGAAGUCCUGACUCCCAGCCCCCCUCUCCCUCAAUAUCAAUCCACCAGACCCAGCUCCCCUCCUGGAGCCCCUGGGAGUAGAACCUACAAGUCCUGACUCCCAGCCCUCCUGCUCCCCCAAUCUAACCCCUUACACCACCCUCUUCUCCCAGAGCUAGGAAAAGAACCCAGGAGUUCUGACUCCUACUUCUCUGCCUUCAGACCACCUAUCCUUAGAUACAGUGCAGGGGUAGGCAACCUGCGGCGCACGAGCUGAUUUUCAGUGGCACUCACGCUGCCCGGUCCUGGCCACUGGUCCGGGGGGCUCUGCAUUUUAAUUUAAUUUUAAAUGUGAAGCUUCUUAAACAUUUUAAAAUCCUUAUUUACUUUACAUAUAUAACGAAGCUAUUAUUGUAUUAUAGACUUAUAGAAAGAGACCUUCUAAAAACGUUAAAAUGUAUUACCGGCCUGCGAAACGUUAAAUUAGAGUGAAUAAAUGAAGAUUCAGCCCACCA